ACUGUGUUUUAUUUACACAUGCGAGAGAGUAAGGUGAGUGCGCGCUCUGGCGAAUCCACCGGGGAGCGAGUGCGCGCUCCGGCGAAUCUACGGGGUAGCGAGUGCGCGCUCCGGCGAAUCUACGGGGUAGCGAGUGCGCGCACGACUGACUCAGUUCCUGUUUCCCUACGCGCGCUAACGCGUCACUCCGGGGAAAGCUGUGUGUAAGCUCGGCGCGAGAUAGGAACUGUAGUUAAGAACAAAAACCAGAGUGGUUGCAGAAAACAAACAAACACACAAAUACAUUUGUAUUUAUUAGUAUAACGUGGAAAGGAGCAAAUGUAAAUAUUUAUGCAAGGGGAGGCUGCGCUUGUUGCAAGGUUGCUGUUUGGGGUUUGUUUGGACGCACUGGGAAGGCAGCGAGAAGAAAAUGUCCUGGUGGCCGCGCGGUGAGGAGGGUGAGGAGACGCAGUACCAGGACACAGACUCCGAUGUCCCGGACAGCGGCAAGGUCAAAGUGAAAUGGACACAGGAGGAGGAUGAGAGUCUAAGAGGUUUGGUUCAGAACUUUGGACAAGGAGACUGGAAGAGGAUCGCCAGCUUUUUGACGAACCGAACAGAGCAGCAGUGCCAGCACAGGUGGCUGAAAGUGCUCAAUCCCGACCUGGUCAAGGGGCCCUGGACCAAGGAGGAGGAUGAGAAGGUGAUAGAGCUGGUGAAUUGCUACGGAACCAAGCAGUGGGCGACGAUCGCAAAGCAUCUGAAGGGUCGUCUCGGCAAGCAGUGCCGGGAGCGCUGGCACAACCACCUGAACCCUGAGGUGAAGAAGUCCUCCUGGACUGCCGAAGAGGACCGCAUCAUCUACCAGGCACACCGUGUGCUGGGCAACCGCUGGGCAGAGAUCUCCAAGCUGCUGCCAGGAAGGACAGACAAUGCAGUGAAGAACCACUGGAACUCGACAAUCAAGCGCAAGGUGGAGAUGGGCGUCUACUCGAGUGAGGACGAUGUGCCUCUCAGCCAGCUGGCCCAAUUAGAGGAAGGGGAGGUCACUACGUUUCAUGGGGAUGACAAGGAGAUGGCAAAUCACUGUGAUGUGAAGCUGGAAUCAGAUCAGGAUAAUCAUGAAGCAAACCAGGAUGACUCCCCUGACGAGUGGGAAGCCCCGGCCUCUACUUCUCAUAAGAAAGGUGCAGCCGAACAGGGGGUGAUACCCAAGACACCCCCGCCCCAGACCGUUGGCCUGCUGACCCCUAAGUCAGAGCCCGAUGCUUCGGGGGACCCCUGCCCCAGUCGCUGGGUUGUGGACAGUUCCGGCUUCCUGUCUCCCACGCCCGGCCCCGCCUUCAAAGAGGCGCUGGAGCUCAUUGAGGGGUCUUCUCCUCGCCCCAAACUGGCUGCAAAUAAUGGGAGCGCUGGGAAAGAGCUGAAGCUCCCGGAUUCGCUGAAACCCUUUUUUAAAGACUUGAAACAUCAUGAGGGCGGCACAAUCACAAUGGCUUGCAAGCUCUGCCGUUUCCAAGUCCACUCGAAAGCGGGCAUCACCUCCAACUUCCAUCGGCACAUCAAGACGAGGCACACUAGAGUUUUAGUGGAACAAAAACUGAAAAUCAAAAUCAAAAAGGAGCGCCAGGAGGAUUCAAGGAAGUCUAUUACCCCCCCUCCCCCUCCACUUUCCCCUCCCCCGAAAGCCAAUGAAAUUAUCGUUCCCUCGGGCACCAGCCACCAGUCCAGACAGAAGUCCAUCACGGAGGCCAUCUUGCGUAUGAUCGCAGAGGACAUGUUGCCCCUCAAUUUUGUGGAGGGGGCCGGCUUCCGUAACUUCAUGACAGUGGUGGAGCCUCGCUACCCCCGCCUGUCGCAGCGCACUGUCGGACUCAAGCUGUAUGAUGAGGUGGAGAAGGGCAUCAAACCCAACCUGAUCAAGGACCUAAAGAGCUGCAUCUUCAUCGGGGGAGCGGACGGCAUCAUUCACACCACGCUGGACCUGUGGUCGAGCCGCCAUGGCGACCACAUCAUUGGUGUGCAGCUCCACUACUUUGAUGACGAGUGGAAUAUCCGUCGGCCCACCGUGGCUUUCCGCCAUGUGAGCCGGAAAAACACCACUGCCGCGCUGGCGAGGGAGCUGGAGGCGGUGCUGCUGAGCUACGGCCUGUUCCCUCACAACGUGGGCUACGUGGUUACUGGAGAGGCCAAGAGCACCAUUGCCACCUACGACUUGUUCUGCGACUACCGCAUGGCAACCUCAACUCAGAAUAAAGACCUGGAUGAGGAGGAGGUCUUGAGCUUCCUGGCUGACUUCUUCCCCACGGAAGACGAGGAGUUCGCAGACAUCCAGUUUGGGACGCGAGUGGGCUGCAUUGCGCACUCUCUGCAGCUGGUCAUCAAGGAGGCCCUGAAGACCUCGCGAGUGGUGGAGAACGUGCUGUCCCAGAUCCAAAACGUGGUGGCCUUCUUCCGCCGAAGUGCCUACUGGACAGAGGUGCUGACCAAGGACUGCGGCGUCACCCUUGUCACACCUCACGGCCACAACCACCGCUGGAACUCCACCUUCAUGUCCAUCCGCAAGAUGGCAAUGGAGUCUGUGUGGGGGGCGGUUAUGACCUUGCUGGCCCAGGCUCGCAUUGAGGCAAAAGACUCCUCCAGCUCGCCACCGCCGGUCCGGGCCAAGAGAGAGCAAGUCCUAGACAUCAUUGGCCUGCUGGAGCCCUUUGAGGAAGCCACCCAGGUGCUGCAGGCUGAGGGCGUCACGUUUUCCCUCAUUUUCCCUUCCCUCAUUGGGCUGGAUAAGACACUGGAGACCAGGUCCACCAACUACUCUCAUUUCUGCAAGGCCCUGCGCACUGGCUUGCAUGCCAGGUUCCAGCCGUUCAUCCUGCAAAGGGACCUGAUCCUGGCCACCGUCCUGGACCCAAGGAUCAAGUUGCAGCCCUUUGAGGAUACCAAACAGGAAGCAGACAAUGCCUUCCUGGCUGCACCCUCCAAGUUCCAGGCCAGGUCGGUGGUGGAGUCUGCUAUGGGAGACCUGGGCUUCAGGGGAUCCACAGAGGAAGGGGGACUGAAGCAAGAAGACAGCGAGGAGGAGGCCAUGGAAGACCCAGAUACAUCCAACACUUAUACCAGCAACCUGAAGCGCAAGAAGAUCUUCAGCUUCUUCCAGCCUGCCACCAAGUCGGUCAAGCUGUCGGAGCUGGACAUGUACUUAACGGAGGGCCUGCUGGACGGAGAUGCCUCGGCACAGGCCUACUGGAAGGAAGCAACUCGGUUCCCACAGCUCCAGAGCAUCGCCAGGAAGCUGCUGUCUGUGCCUGCCACCUCAGGGGGCUUUGAGCGCCUCUUUCCAAUCGCUGGGUGUAUUGUGCGGGCGAAAAGGAGCAAACUGCCACCCCACACUACCGAGAGGCUCCUCCUUUUUAGGCAGGCUGUCAAGGCUGGAGACUACAAGUAGCCUGAGUGAAGCCCCCCCUUACUGACAAAUUUCUACUGCUGUGCUUAAAAUCGUAAAAUGGGACUGAGAAGAGAAAACUAUGCUUCAAAUAUUUAGCUAUUCUGUUUUAUAAGUUAAAAUGUACAGGUGACCCUGUCUUUUAUGGUAUAUGAUUGAGCACUUAGUUAUGAACCUCAAAUUAAAAGAUACAGGGUCAACUACAUGUUAUAUUACUACUAAUCCUCUUUUGUUAAAGUAACAGCAGAUCCUCUGUUUUUUAGUAAUUUCAAGAAUAUUAAUUUUGCUCAUGCCUUGGAAAUGGUAUGCGCCUGUCAGUUUGUGUUUUGUUGUUUUCUAUUCACAAGAAGACACUUCUUCUUUCAAGAUGUAUGUGAAUCGAUGGUUUUGAUUGCCUGAAUGGGAUGACUUUGAGUUCCACUAAUGCAUAUGCAAGACCAUUAUACGCUUGUCCAUUAUUUGAAAAGUAUUGAAAACUGGGUACAAACGGAGGUGCAUUCUUCUGUUUAACACUAAUCAAGAGUACAGUAAUGCAGGGACUGUCCUUUUACAGGACACAUUAAUCCUCUAAUUGUAUGUAUCCAUGGUUUAUAGUAAAAUUGGAUGCACAAUUAGGAAAUGAACAAUACAUUACGCCAUGUGUUAUAGCUAUUCCUGCUUAAAAAAUAAACCUGAUAAUGCCAGUAUUGGUGCAGUAUAAACACGGGUAAUAUAGAUUAUUCUAAUCAUGCUGAUUUAGGUCUUCUGAAUUGAAUCAUGAAAGUAUGUUAUAGAAUCUUGUAAAUAGGCAGUUUGGUGAUCGUGCACAAAUUGCAAAUCCGUCAACUACAGUACAGUAAUCUCAAUUUGCACAUUAAGUAACUACAUGAACUCUAUUACUGGUAAGUGACAUUGUUUGUUGGACUUGCUGGCAGUAUUUAUUUUGUGGUAUCGGGCUCUUUCACUUCCAAGCGAAAAGUCUGGAAGAUGUUGUAUGAUGUUCUCAUAAGUCUGGAAGAUGCUAUCUGUUCUCAGAUAAGUCUGGAAGAUGCUGUCUGUUCUCAGAUAAGUCUGGAAGGUGCUGUAUGUUGUUCUCAGAUACAUCUGGAAGAUGCUGUUGAGUGUUCUCCGCAUUGCAAGUCUAGUGCUGUUUAACUUUGGAAUGGCUGCCAUAUUGUUCAACGCAUAUUCAAGUAAAUACUGUUACUUGUUUUAAAUAAAACAGUAUACAUGAUCGUUUCUGAUUGGCUUCGGUUUAACGUUGCUUCCAUUUGUUGUCGGGUGGAAGUAUCAAGAUGCUUAGAUUUUAGGUAUAUUUAUGUAAAGCGAACAUUUAAGCAAAUUUGACAUCACACUGGCGCCCUUGAAACGGUCACAUGAUGAGUUUAGGAUGUUCCUAACAUGGCAUGAGUAAGCAUCGGGUACAGGAACUUAGUGAUGUUGAUGCUGUAUUCAGGUUUGGCUGCUUUCACCUUGAAGACUAACCUCCAUGCACACAGGGAAAGUGUUCACAAUAGUGAAUUAAAAAGCUGUGCAUCUCAGUAUUUCUAAGCUCUCCCCAAAGUGUAGAACGGAGCUCGAUACUUCCUGCACCCUCAGAAUUAUGAUGAGGUUUAGGACUUGCCAGAAAAUAGAGAACAAUCUGUCUUAUAUAAAAUGAUCUUUCUAUGAUCUAACACUUGCAGCUUUCCUAGACUAAGUUGUGUCAAAUUGAACAGGAGGUGAAGGCAGUAUUCUGCCCCUCUGCUUACCAAGACCCGAGUCCUUGUUUUAUUUUUAUGGCCCCUCCUUUGCGCAUAUAUAUAUAUAUAAACUCUGACUGUAGGGGUUGCUGAACACUUGGGUUGUUCUCUAGUAAGAUUUUUAUUCACUAACCUUUUUAAUCAUAUCUGCUUGUCACAGAAGUGCAUUUUAUUUUCUCCCAGCCAUGUUGUAAUCUGGUGGUGAAGGAAAUAAAUAAAAUGCUACAGUUUUUCA